AAGAAAAAAAAAAUAGUGAAGAAGAGAUCAUGAAAAGUGGAGGCAAUGAAGAUGGCAGUUGGAAGACUGAAAUGGAGAAAGAAGGAGCUUCAUUCAUGGCUUCUGCUAAAGAAACUUGGCUUAAUAUCAGGGCUAGAAUAAUUGGCCAGAUACAGAAAGCGAAGGCUAAGAAUGAGAAAGAAGCGAGUGAAGCUGAUCUUCAGACAGCCAAGAUGCAGGUGCAAGCAGCGGAUGAAGCUGAAGAGAAGAAGAAGCAACUCAAUUGAAUAUUUUUUUUUGUGUGUAUGAAUGUAUGUCUGUGUUUUCCUUAAUUUGGUGCAUAAAAAAUAAGUAGUGUAUGUGAUUAAAAAAUUUUAGAUUUUUCUAGUGGACUAAUAUUAUGUUUUUUGUUUUCUCAUUAA